GUCUUGUAUGUCAUUAUGGAUGAUGGACGGUUCAUGCUUCGUGGAUUCUGACUUGCAUAUACAUGGCUGUGAUGCGAUUGGGUUGGCCUAGCUGUGGGUGCAGACGAUGGACGGACAUUGGGUGAUGAUCUCGUUCUCUGAACGAUUGACGCCACCCCACAAUGACGAGGCGCACACUUGACACGCAUUGGCGAGAUCCCCAUCGUGAUGACUCCCUCUGUGAGGGCGCGACUGGCCAGCUUGGCGGGGAUCCCAGGCCCCCAGACGCCCCCCUGUCACAGUUUUGCCUGUGUUGGCCGCGCGGUGUCUGUUGGUCAAGGGGUCGGGGCGUGUGGGGUGGGUGAUGGUGACGUCGCCGAGCCUGCCUUUUCCCUCCUCCACCCAGUAGAGGUCGAUCCGUUUGCCGUCUGGAUCGGUGGUGGCCGGGUAGACGCCCAGACGCGCCAGGUUGACCUCUCGGUCGACGGCGAUCUGGACGCUCCUGAUGAUGCGUCGCCACUCCUCGCACAGCAGGUCGUGCCGCCAGAUGCGCUCGUUGCCUGUGCCGCAGCAGAGGAGGUGGUCGCCGUAGGGAUCCAGCUGGGUGCCGCACGAGCAGAAGUCCGAUGCGAGUGAAGGGUGUUGGGUGGCGCCGAUCCUCAGACGGCAGCAGGUGACGAAAUCCUCGUUGGUGAAGCGCAGGCCCGGGUGCGCUGGGACCGUCGUCAGCCAGCCGCUAGCUCCUGGGCCUCGACAGCUCCUCAGCCGUGCGCGGUCUCUUGGCUCCUCGCCGAACUCGUCCAGCAGGGCGUCUGCUUCGAUGCGCAUCAGGCUGGCCGUCAGGUCGUGUUGUAGCCGUGGUUUUGUGCGUCCCUCGAGCAGCUUGGCCAGUGUGGGCACCUCGUCUCCGGCAGCUUCUCCAGUAGCUUCUCUCUUGCCGACUCCGCUGCCCGUAGCCAUGGCAAUAGCUGUUUGUUUGGCUACUGAGACGGCAUUGGGUGCUCGAGCUCAAAGAAAC